AUGCGGCGGAAGUUGGCGGCGUGGGUUGCUUUGAUGCUGGUGGUGGCGGUGGCCGGCGUGCGCGAGCAGCUGGACAAGAGGAUCCAGGACAGUGAGGAUUUAGUCCGGAAGCUGCAGGAGAUGGCGACGGAUAUCUACGCGAGACGAAGCUCUAUCGUGCCUGACUGCUCUUGCUCCGUGCACGGCUGCACAAACAUAAUCCCGCCGGACGCGGAGUGCUCUGACCUGCUGGGCCAUUCCGAGGAGAUAUGCGGCCGCUGCGAAACGAGAGGGAAGCAGCUUGACUUCUUUCAAUCGAUGGUGAGGACGCCCCCAGGGGAAGACCCGGAGAAACUGAGCGCCGCAGUGAAAGAGUCGAUAUGCACCUUUCAGCCUUUGGACAAAGUCUUUAGGGAGACCGGGCCAGCAGGGAACUUUACGUGGACAUACGUUGCAACCACAUCGGGAGUGCACAAAGUAUAUCCAGGUCUUGCAAUUGAAAGGGGCUUCCCAGAAGUCGAUCCCCAGCGACCUCUUGACACCUGCAGACAAUUUGACCCCAGGGUUAGACCAUGGUUCAACGCCGCCAGCAGUGGGCCCAAAGAUGUUGUGAUCGUUCUGGACACAUCGGAGAGCAUGGGCAAGGCUCUUGGGUCAAGCGGAAAGACGAGAUGGGAAGUCACAAGGGACGCCAUCUCGCGGCUGCUGGGCACUUUCGGCAUUUCGGACUUCGUGAGCGUCGUGACCUUCAAUUCCGAGUCGGAGGCUCUUGGAGGGGAGACGACCCUGGUUCGGGCAAAUAACACCAACAUCGAAAUGCUUAGAAGCCAGGUCAUGGACGUUACACCGAAGAGCAAAACCAAUUUUAGAAAGGGCUUCCAAACCGCCUUUGAUGUCCUGAUUCGAUCGAGCAAGCUUGCAAAUGAGAAGGACAUACCUCCAACCUCGAGUUGCACGAAGGUGAUUCUGUUCCUCACGGAUGGGGAGGACUGCUCAAUCAACGACGCACAGUCGUGCGGCGAUUCUGGAAACACGGAGGAAAAUGCUGACGACGUUCCUGAUUUCAUAAAAGCAAAGCAGUCAGAACUGAUGGCUUUGGGCAGCGAAGGUGCUCACAUCUUCACGUUUUCCAUGACAUCAGAGGCAGAUGACAAGCUUGCAAAGAUGAUCGCCUGUGAGAACAAUGGCUCCUGGACAUCCAUUUCAGAGAAAGAUGACCCACUGCUGAAGUUCUUGGAUUACAUUAGAUUCUUAGCCUGGACGCGCCAAGGGCUCGACGUCAUCUGGAGCAACUUCUACAUCGACGGCGACGGCCUGGGAGAGAUGUCGACGGCUGUGAUGCCGGUGUAUGCCCCCAACAUUGUGUCCGCUGUGACAGGGAAGAACAUCUCGGGGCUCCUAGUUGCCGUGGUUGCAAAGGAUGUACUGGUGCGGCAUCUGGCGGAGGACGAUGCGGACUUCAAGGUCGUUUUCGACAGGCUCAUCGAGAGGUCAUCGGUUUGCAGAAAGAUAGAAGAAGACGUCUGUCAACUUCAGGUGCUGCGUGGGGAGAAAUCCGAGUGCCCUGACAUCUUUCCGAAGAGGCCAUGCUACUAUUCGGGCAGAGAAAGGAAGUAUUACACUGUGGAGCUCCAAACCAAGCUGCCCUUUGAAGAGGCGGCCGAUAAGUGCAUGGAGCUUGGUGGCCACCUGGCAGAGCCCAAAUCUGCCGAGGUUCAAGCUUUUCUUGCGGGUCUGGCAACACGAGAGGGGUGCUGGAUAGGACUUCGUUUCGAUGGCGGAUUCCGUUGGAGAUGGAGUUCGUCGGGUGAAGAGGCGGAGCCACUCCCAAAAGCAGAUCCAGAAAAGUCUUCAUUUUGGGCGUCUAGAGCUCUGCAGGAAGACAACUGUGCAGCGAUGGACCGACGCGGCCUGAGAAAGAACGUGUUCGUUGCCCCCUGCCAGAAAGAAAUGCCCUUCAUCUGCGAAUUUGAUGAGAUGAAGCCACCAGAUCAGUGCUCUGGUACAGACACCUUGGGGGUACCCGUGAGGAAUUUUUCAAUGGUUCCACCGAUAAGCCUCUGUGGUGACUACGAAGAGGCACGUCUCGCGAGCAUUGAAGUCGUGAAUGAGACCCACGAGGUCGAUUCAAAAACGGCACUGUGCUCACUUGGAAGCCCUGAGAUACCCACUGAGGAAGCGCAAUGCUGCUCCUGUUGCGAUAGAGGGACUGAUGCCCGGCCUUGCAAGGAUAACCCGAGAGAUCCAUAG